CUAUGUUGGAGCCUGCCUAUAAAUGAAUGGCCUGUCAACUACAAGUCUAAUUUGUUUCACUUUCAGAAAUCAAGAGUCAAAGAAAUGGACCCUGCUUUGCUUCUUCUUCCUCUUCUAGUUGCUCUAUCCAUAUUCCAGGGUGCAGCACAGCCAUCAAGCCCCAUCCCCAGCCCCAUGCCAACCGCAGCCAGAGACUUCCUAGAAGCACACAACCAGGCAAGAGCCGCAGUCGGGGUUGGCCCUCUCAAAUGGAGCGAGAUGCUAGCCAACGCUACUAGCAGACUAGUCAGGUACCAAAGAAACAAAAUGGGUUGUCAAUUUGCAAACCUCAGCAAUAGCGUUUACGGUGGAAACCAACUAUGGGCCAGUGGAAUGGCUGUGACUCCUCGCAUGGUUGUUGAUAACUGGGUGGAAGAGAAGAUUUACUACAACCAUACUGACAACUCCUGUGUACCAAAUCACCAGUGCGGUGUUUACACUCAGGUAGUGUGGAAGAAGUCCCUGGAGUUGGGGUGUGCACAAGCUUCUUGUGUAAAGGAGCAAGCUAGCUUAACCGUGUGUUUCUAUAAUCCUCCUGGGAACAUUGUAGGGGAGAGCCCAUAUUAGAGAAGCUGUAUGUAGCUUUAGGCUUUGUGUGUGAAAUGGGUUUCUCGAGAUUUAAAUGCUAAUGAGAUCUGAAAUCUUGGGUAGUGGUAAUGAAUCCGGCUCUGUGUUCACUCCAGAGUUGUACUAUAAUUAAUCGUUAAUUCUGCUUUGGUUUAA